UUGUUUCUUAAGGGGUGUAUCAAGAAAACAUUGUGUUCUCCAAUCCUUAGCCCCACCACCACCACCACCACCCUGCAAAAAUUUACUUCUAAAUAAAAAAAUAUGGACGGAAAAAGUCAUGCUUUGAUUCCAUUUACAGCUUUUUUCCUUUUGGAAUCAAUGGAAUGGAACAGCUCGGCACAUUCAUUUGUAAAUUAGAAAACACAGGUACCCCAGUUAGUAUCUGCCAAAUCUGAAACACACCCCUCUUGCAAUCUCAAGAAUUGCUUCUGACAUUCUUUUCUUCGUCAUCUCCUUUUUGUUUCUUUUACGAGUUUCAUCAUUAUCACACUCUCGUUUCUGUUUUGGGAUUUGGGUUUGUUUGUCUCGCGUUAUCCUAGAUUUGUGUCUUUUUGGGUUGCGUUACAGAUGUUUGUUGUAAUGCGCCUGAGAGUUACUUUGAUGAAACAAGGAGAAUUUGAUCUCGGUUAACAGCGUUACUGUAUUGUAUGUAAGUUAACAAGCAACAAAUCCACAUAACAUACCAAUCUGUACAGAAAGAGACGAUGAACAACGUUCUGAAGGCCUGGGAAGUGAAAGUUAAGAAAUCACAGGCAUCUGCUAAGAAAAGAGCAGCGACUAUGUUCACAACAAUGUCUGUAGCCCAUGUAGAUGAAGAAGCUAGCGACAUACAAGUUUCCCAUGUCGAAAAGAUCUUCUCCAAUGGCGACAUCUAUAUUGGUCAAUGGGUUGCAGAAAACUACCCUCAUGGAGAUGGAAAGUACUUAUGGUCAGAUGGGUGUAUGUAUGUUGGCGAGUGGUGUAAAGGUAAGAGUAAUGGUAAAGGUAAAUUUAGUUGGCCUUCAGGUGCUACUUAUGAAGGUCAAUUCAAGAACAGUUAUAUAGAUGGUGAGGGUACUUUUACAGGUUCUUUAAAUGAUACUUACAAAGGUUUUUGGGUGAUGAACAAGAAACAUGGAAAAGGGAAAGAGAGUUAUGGUAAUGGUGAUCACUAUGAAGGGAAUUGGAGAAAGGGAUUACAUGAUGGACAAGGGACAUAUCAAUGGAAUAGUGGUCAUCAGUAUAUAGGGCAAUGGAAGAAGGGAAAGAUGAACGGGAAUGGAAUCAUGAUUUGGAGUAAUGGAAAUCGGUUUGAUGGGAAUUGGGAAGGUGGAUUACCGAGUUCUCAUAAAGAUUUGGAUCCUCUUUUGUUAUUUUCAGUUGAAAUGAGUGAAUGUGUGAUUCAUGAGGCGGAAUCCCCUUCUGUAUUCCCUUCUGAGAAGAUGUUUAGUUGGUCAAAAGGUGAAAGCAAACACCACAAGCAUCACAAACAACAAAUUCGGAUAAAUUCCAAAAAUGAAAACAAAGGUAGGAGACAAUCUGUUUCUGUUGAUGAAAGAGUCACAAAUCAUGAAGAAUGUAUUCGUGGUUUAGGAAUUAAUCUACAACCAGUAGAGAGACAAGGUGUCACAAUAUGCAAAGGUCACAAGAAUUAUGAACUCAUGCUCAAUUUACAGCUUGGAAUAAGACAUUCUGUAGGGAGACCUGCACCAAGUAAAUCUGUUGAUUUGAAGGCUACGGGUUUUGAUACUGAAGAAAAGUUAUGGACAAAAUUUCCUCCGGAAGGUUCCAAACAUACGCCACCUCACCAAUCAUGUGAUUUUAGAUGGAAAGAUUACUGUCCAUUUGUUUUCAGGACUUUAAGGAAACUAUUCAAUGUGGAUCCAGCUGAAUACAUGUUAUCGAUUUGUGGGGAUGAGGCUCUUCGGGAGUUAUCUUCACCUGGAAAAAGUGGAAGCUUUUUUUACAUGACACAUGAUGACAAGUACAUGAUCAAGACAAUGAAAAAAGCCGAAGUCAAAGUAUUAAAGAGGAUGCUUCCAUCGUAUUUUGAGCAUGUGAAAGCGUAUGAAAACACUCUUGUGACCAAGUUUUUCGGAUUACAUUGUGUGAAGUUGAGUGGAACUUCUCAAAAGAAGGUGCGAUUUGUUAUUAUGGGAAAUUUGUUCCAUACGAAUGUACGGAUUAACAGGCGGUUUGACUUGAAAGGAUCUUCACAUGGCCGAAUAACAGAUAAACCCGAGUCUCAAAUCGAUGCAAAUACCACUCUCAAAGAUCUUGAUCUUAAUUUCAUCUUCCGCUUACAGAAUGAUUGGUUUCAAGACUUCUGUAGGCAAGUGGAGAAAGACCUCGAGUUUCUUGAACACGAAAGAAUUAUGGAUUAUAGUCUUUUAGUUGGUGUAAGCUUUCGUGAAUCCAAUCAAGAAUUAGAAAAUUCAAAUUCUGAACCGAAUAGCACAGGGACUUCUCCUAGGGUUUCUUCAGCCGAUACUGACACUUCUAUCACUUCUCUCAAUCCCACAAGGUGGGCAUCCGUGAGGCUUGGAAUGAACAUGCCAGCACGGGUCGAAUCAACGGUUAGAAGUCAUCAAAAUCAAUUAGUGGGAGAAGCAACGGGGGAAUUUUAUGAUGUCAUAUUAUUUUUUGGUAUAAUAGAUAUACUACAAAAUUAUGACAUCAAUAAGAAGUUUGAACACGCGUAUAAAUCAUUGCAGUUUGACCCGACUUCCAUCUCGGCUGUUGACCCGAUACAAUACGCGAAACGUUUUCGGGAUUUUAUAUUUAGUGUUUUUAAAGAAGACGAUUAAAAGGGCUCGGGAGUUUUUUUUUUUUUGUGAGCCUCAAAUGUAUAGGUAUAGGGAGGGAUUUAUAAGAUGGAUAUCAGAAGAAAUUCUUUUGGAGACAAAGAAAAUCAAGGACUCUACAUAUUUAAAAUGUAUACAUAAUUAUUAUAUUAUCAGGGCCAAAUUUGGUUCGGUUUUAGUUGUAGGUUAGUAUAGAGGUUAGAGGUUAUUGAAGUUGUAGAUGUGUGGAAUUUUGUAGUGAUAUGGUAAAUGUAUACAUAAUUAUUAUAUUAUCAAUGGACAAAAAAAUAUAUUAUGUUGCUA